AUGUAUCCUCCGCCAUAUAACAACAAGGACAAAAUAUGUCCUCCACCUAAAGACAUUUUAAAUCGUCCUUUUAUUAAAUGCGCACUAGCAAGAUAUACUCCAAGUAUCAUAAUGCAUGCGCCCAUUCUUUCAAUAAAUUACACUCUCGGAGGGCAUUAUAGGGUAUCGGAGAAGUUGAAUAAAUUACUCUUUGCCCACCCUCCCAUAAACUCCCAAACAUACGGCAAUAUCCCACUCAACAGGAUGACAGAGCUGGUGGAUGAAGCCUUUUACCUCGCGGGAAAGGAAAAGAAGAAAUCGAUGCCGCGGUUUCCUUACUCAGUUGAACCUUACUCACUGAGAAGAAGAGAAAGGACUCUGAAGCAAAAACACGUUGGGAAAAUGAAGAACCGCGUGUUGAAGUUAUAUUCAAAAGAGGCAAAGACACGAUGGGAAAACGAAGAACCGCGUGUUAAGCAAUUCUUCAAGAUACUUGCCGAAUUGGCGAGGAUAGUACACCGUAAAAAAUAUCCUAGUAUCAACAGCUCGAAAAUUUAA